AUGUCGUCGUCAUUUAUCACCGAGAUCACCGCCCCAGAUGUUAAAGCCGGUCUUUACAUAAACAAUGAGUUCGUUGCUGGUGCCGUGUCUAACGCGUUGGAAGCAGGCACAAACUGGGUCAAUAACUAUUACAGUGCCAGCCCGGCCGAGCCAUUUGGUGGUUACAAACAGUCAGGCAUAGCUCGGAAGUGCGGCGAGUACGCUCUGGAUAAAUAUACCCAAGUCAAGGCUAUGAAGUUUAACACUGGAAAGCCUAUGUAA